AUGGCUGAAAGAGUAGAAGGAGAGUUGCUGAAGGUGGUGGUGUUGGUGUUAAUACUAGUGAUGUUGGGAGCGAAGACAGAGGCAAUGAGCACAACAAGGGGCCAUAAAAGGAGUAAAGAUGAGUCCUCUGGUUCUGGUGAAGGGGAUUCAAUGAGCUUUUGUUUGAGUUGGAGAUUGGCAGUGGAGGCAAACAACGUGGUUGCAUGGCCAACAGUGCCACCUCAGUGUUCCCGAUAUGUGGAGACUUACAUGAUCAAUGGACAGUACGAACGGGACCUGGAUUUGAUAGUGGAGGAGAUAUUGGGAUAUCUCAACCAAACUUUGCUCCCUCCAGAUUCCAUGGAUGCUUGGAUUUUGGAUGUUGAUGACACUUGCAUCUCCAACAUCUAUUAUUACAAAACCAAGAACUAUGGGUGUGAUCCUUAUGACCCAUCAGCCUUUAGGAAGUGGGCCAUGAAAGGAGGGUGCCCUGCAAUUCCUUCCGUACUAAGGCUGUUCAGCAUUUUAGUGGACAAAGGAUUCAAAGUAUUUUUACUGACAGGAAGAGAUGAAGAAAGUCUUGGUGAAGUUACCAAGAACAACUUGCACAAUCAAGGAUUUAUUGGCUAUGAAAGGCUUAUUUUGAGGAAUGCAGCAUACAGAGGGAAGAGUGCAAUGAAAUACAAAUCUGAUGUAAGAAAGCAGUUAGAAGAGGAAGGUUACAGGAUAUGGGGGAAUGUGGGAGACCAGUGGAGCGACAUUAAAGGAGAUUAUUUGGGGAAUCGUACUUUCAAACUACCUAAUCCUAUGUACUUUGUUCCCUAA